UUUUUUGAUUAAAAUUAGAAUUUAGAUUUGAUCUAAGCAAGGAAUGGGAUCUGAAGGACCUAUUUCUGUAACAAUUCAUAUAACUGGAUUCGGUAAAUUCCACGGGGUUCCAGAUAAUCCAACUGAAGUUAUAGUAAGUAAUUUAAAAGGGUUCUUGAAAAGAAGAGGUAACCCGUUACCAAGUGGUAUAAAUAUCGGGAGUUGCACAAUUCUUGAUGCAGCUGGAGAUGGAUCACUUCCGUUGCUUUAUAAUAUCAUGGAAUCAAGUAUUUCAAAUUCUGAAUCACUGACAACAGAUUCUUUGAACAACAAUGAACAAGUUAUUUGGCUUCACUUUGGAGUCAGUGGUGGAGCUAAGGAGUUUGCUGUUGAGAGACAGGCAUAUGAUGAAGCCACUUUUCGCUGUCCAGAUGCGCAUGGGUGGCAACCUCAACAACUUCCAAUAGUACCCGAGGAUGGAGAAAUUUCCCGAACAAGACAGACUUCUUUAUCGGUCGAGGGGAUUGUUAAGCAGUUAAAGAAGAAGUGUUUUGAUGUGGUCCUAUACGAUGAUGCUGAUCGUUUUGUGUGCAACUAUGUCUAUUAUCACUCUCUCCGCUUUGCUGAACAGAAAGGUCACAAAUCUCUCUUUGUUCAUGUUCCUUCCUUUUCAAGAAUCGACGAAGACACCCAAAUGGAGUUCGCUGCAUCUUUGUUGGAGUCUCUUACCUUAAAUUACCACUGAGAGUCUUUCAAUAUUU